AUGGCGCCGUUCGACAUGUGCUACGAGGCGUCCGCGCUCGGGGUCACCCGGCUCGGCUACGCCGUGGCCAACAUCGACCUCAUGCUGGACGGAGGACGGAACUGGACGCUUUUCGGAGGGAGCUCGCUGGUGCAGGUGAAUGACCACACGGUCUGCUUCGCGAUCGUGGAGAUGGAACCUUCCAUGCCGGCGGCGGCCAACUCGCCUGCGGUCAUCAUCGGGGGUUUCCAGAUGGAAGGACACCUGCUGAUGUUCGAUCUGGAGAAGGGUACGUUCGGGUUUAGUGGCCCGCUCUCCGGAAUCCGCACUGGAUGCAGCAACUUCAACUUCACCAUGGGAAGUACUUAG